CAAUUUCUUUAUAUCUCCGAGAUUCUUUACACCCCGAAACACUUUCUUACAUUCCAGUUUUCUUCUCGUUGCUCUUUCUAUUUUCACACCUUUAACAAAAUAUAAAAUUUGUGGGAUAAACAUAAACCCUCUACUGGCUCUAUAGCCUCUCUCAUUUUCAGUAAUCUAAAAGUUUGUUAGUUAAUACAGCCUAUCUUUCUAUCUCUCCCUAUUUCCUCUCAAUCUCUUCUCUGUUGUCCAAUCUUAGAGAUAAAGUACACAGCUCAAGGGUCAUUUUCUUCCUACAUUGUAGUGUUACACACCUAAGGACCAAUUAAAAAUCUUACAAGAAAAUGUCUAAUAGAAUUAGAUCAAGACAAUCUUCAAGUGCUACGAGGAUCUCCGAUGAUCAGAUGAUCGACCUCGUUGGUAAGCUCCGUCAGUUUUUGCCGGAGAUUCGUGAACGGCGCCGUUCUGAUAAGGUGUCAGCAUCGAAGGUACUGCAAGAGACAUGCAACUACAUAAGAAAGCUGCAUAGAGAAGUUGACAAUCUCAGUGACUGUUUGUCGCUGCUCCUCGACUCCGUUGAUGAAGAUAGCCAAGAAGCUGCCGUCAUUAGAAACCUACUCAUUGGACAAGGGGAACAAUACCUUGACCAAGAUUGGAGAAAAUGUGAGAAGACUCCAACACGUUAAUAUCAUUAUUAGUCCCCGGCAAUCCAAAAUAUGCAUGCCAUAUCCAAAGAUCAUAAUCAGCCACAACUUCAAGAAUUAUAGUAGGUGAUCCACUACGACCAGCAUAUUGUCCAGCCCAAGCAGUAGGACAAUUUUUCCACUUCCAAUGCAUGCAAUCUAAGCUACCAAACAUUCCCGGAAAGCCUCGUUUUUCGCCAAUAUAAAGAAGUCUGGAAACGUCAUCAGGUGUUGGUGAUCGUAGGUAUUGGGCUGAGAAUAUCUCCACAAUAGCUCGACAAA